AUGAAUGGGCAACCAUCGACGUCGGUCAACGUCCAGAACGUCCAACAGCAGUACUAUGACCAAAGGACUCUUAGUGUGACUGUUGGGGUAGAUCCUCAAAGAGUGGUAGAGCAUGUUCAGUCCGUAGAAUCCCAAGCUCAUUCAAUAGUCCGUGAAACACAAAGGCAAGCCGAGCAGGUGGUUCAUGAUACACAAUCACACGCGCAGCAGUAUGUCCAUGAAAUCCAGUCGCAAGCAGCCCAUGUUGUUCAGGAGACCCAGAAAGACGCCGAGAUCGCCAUCCAUCAGGCACAGUCGCAGGCUGCAUCUGUUGAGGAUAGGGCCAAUCAGGUGAUCCGGGACAUGAGUACGCAACACAGGGCUGAGCUCAACCGAGCUCAAGACAUUGCCAAUCAGGUGCAGCUUCACGCUCAGACCCAGCUGCAUGAAGCAGAUGCAAAAAUUCAGCAAUUGAUGGCAAUGGUGGAGUCGCAACAUAGGACUCUGGAAACUCAAAGGGUUGAACAUCAAGAGACGCUUGCUCAGGUCGCCGCAUUGCAAAGGGAGGUGACCAUGCUAAGACACUCAGUGUCAACCCCAACUCCAGCGGAAGACCAAAAUGGCACGGUCAAUCAAAAGGAGUUGAUGAGUGUGAUUGAAUCAUUGCGUCAAGAGAUCAGACAGACUCAGACCAAGCCGGUUCAACCGCCUAUGAUAGAAGCAGCGGCUCGUCAAGCUCUUCGUCAGGGGGGCCACCCGGUCCUCCGGGCAGAGGUCCUGGUGGUGGCGGGUCGCACGGGGGCAGUUCACCCCAUUCCCAAAGGGAGUCCUGCGCGGGAGAUUGAGGACGACGUGAUUGCCGCCGAUGCAUAUCAUCACAUUCCCAACGUGUCCGUCGCCAAUCAUGCAUGUGUGACAAAGAACUUGUCUCGAGCAGAAUGGACAAAGGAUGAACUUGAACUCAAGGCAGUUCAAGAUGAAGCCGCAGGCCUCAGAACGAACGGCGCUUGGGACGACAGCAGCGUCACCACGUUGAACAACUUGAAAGCACAGGCGAAGGCGACAGGUGUUGAGGUGAAGAUAGCAUCCCUUCUCACACUGUGUGGCAUCAAGUAUUGGGAAUGUUCCAUGGACCAAUGGAAGUAUAAGGGGCGAAUAGUGUACAGGGGUGACCUGAUCAAAGACCAGAGUGAUCAAUUAGUACUCUUUGAAGACACCGCCACGUCUCCGACAGGGCUGACUGCAUUGAACAUCACGUUGUUCUAUGGUAUGCUAAUGGGGCAUUCCACAAGUUGUGGAGAUGCAAUUCAAGCAUGCCUUCAAGCACCCUUGGAAGAAGAGACAUGGAUCAUCAUAGGAGAUGAACUUUGGUUACCAGCCUGGUUUGAUGUUUAUCCUCGCGGCACUAAGUUGUGUGUUCGUCUCAUGAAAAGUCUUUACGGUCAUCCUCUUGCAGGAAAGCUUUGGCAGGAGUACUUAAGCAGUCGUCUCAAAGCGUUGAAUGCCGUAGAGCUCGAGGGGUUCCCUUCAAACUUCAUCAUCCCACGCAAGGGCAACAAACACUUGCUGCUUAACAUCUAUGUUGAUGACCUCACAGUCAGUGAGCUGGCUGCCUGCGGCAGCUUUGGCAUAGGUGUGGCCGCACUGCCCAUGAUGGGCUGUGCGCCGGGCUUCCCAAUGGCAGCUCCGGUGGCGUAUCCGCAGACCUUGAUGCCGGAUGGCUUUGUGUGGCCCUUGGGAAGAGUGGGUGCAGCAGAGCUGAUCCGGAAGUUCCAAGUGGAUGACCAGGGCACCUGCGAUGCUACUGCUUUUCGAAACGCCCUCUCAGAUUUGGGUCUUGAUCUUGCAGAUGAACGCUUCGACUCCCUGGUGAACGUGCUGGACAAGGAGUGCAUCGGAGACCGAGAUGCGAUAUCAGAGGCCGGUGAUGGCACCGCCAGGGUGGGCGACUGGCUGCCCAGCGAAGACAAGCACGGCUGCCUGACAGAGCGUGAAAGACGAAUGAACAGCCACCGCAGAAGACCGGUGCAAUUGGAGCCAAUGACCAGAAGCGACUUUGUCAUGGCAAACAUCAAAGGUGUGCUCAAUCGGAGGAAAAUCCGUUCCGUGGAAAUCUUUAGGUUUCUGGAUACCAAUGGAAACGGAGGCGUGUCUCCUGAAGAGCUGGCACGAGGCUUACACAGGUUGGGCGUACACAAGCUGAGGGAUUCUGAGCUGGAGGAAGUGGUUGCAAGUCUGGACACCGAUAGGAGUGGAGACAUUAGCUUGACUGAGUUUGACAAAGCCUUGCGCCUGGCUGAGAAGAAGGCACGCGCAGAAGGUCGCACCGAUCUGGUUGAUAAAUGGAAGGUGCCUCCUGAGCUAAUGCUGGACUAUGGCCAGAAGUACGACUGGUCGAAGCGGACGCUGAAGUUCGAUGGCAGGUUUACUGGGCAGGAUGAUACCUUGUCCUCUGGAAAAGUCACGAGCCGUGACAUCGACCAAUCCUUGCACUCCUUGGACUUUGAUCCAGAUGACUUGGAAGAGUCGAAGACCUCGCAGUACAUUGCUGAAUGCCUCAAGGACAACUUCAUCUUCCGCCAGCGCUUGGUGGACAACACCUGGGCCUCCCGCCCGCCCAAAAUCGAGCAUGAGCGGCUGCCGCUGUACAGAUAUGGCAGGUUUCGGCGCGCCAUAGCUGAAACCCGCUGGGGGGCCGAACCUGUGGAGGUCCCAGAGGCAAUGCUGAAGACCAGAGAUGGCUGUCUGGAGGCAAGUCGUCCUCGACGAUUGACUGAUCUGGACCGGGGCAGGGAGAAGUUCCAUGCGCCGCUGCUGAAGUCGGUGAUCGACACCGUGGUCUUCGGGCACGAUUUGGAUUUCUCCAACGACAAGACCUGCAAUGAGACCUUCAAGGCCAAAUUUGAAGGUGCCUAUGGGCGUGCGUCCUGGUUCACAUCGGAGGAAGACCUAGGGAGUGGCCUUUUCAGAAAAGCCAUUGUGUGA